GGGAUUUGUAAAUUCGCCGCGUUUCACCGUCAUGCGCAACGGUGACACUGCCAUGUUGGAUCGAAAGCUCGGUGCACAGGAGUUCAGAUGAAAGUUUAGAGUCUCGAGACGACGUUGGAUAACCAAACGAGGAUCGCGUUUUAUUUCUGAGACGCAAUACCUCUCUCAACCCACCACCGGCCGAAACACAACAGGCCUGGAUAUGAGAGCCUUCGGAUCCAAGCGGCGGUGAUUAGAGAUCAAUGAACACGUAUUUUCUGUUUAACACUGAUCACAAGUUCACACCAUCGGAUUGUCAAAAAUGAGCGGUCCACCUUCACACAGGAGGCCUGGGAUCAAUGUUGGCUCCAUUCUUCUCACCCCGCAGGAAAACGAAGUGCUUUCCAACUAUCUGGGAAAGAAAUGCACGAGUUUGUCUUCAGCCGUGGUGCAGGUCUAUGGAGCCGACAGAAACUCGUCCUGGGUGAAGAAGUGCUGUGGGGUGGCCUGUCUGGUCAAAGACAGCUCUCAGAGAUCUUACUUUAUCAGGGUGUUUGAUAUGAAAGAGGGAAAACAAUUGUUUGGUCAAGAGCUCUACAACAACUUUUCAAUAAACUUCUCCAGGCCAUACUUUAUCACAUUUGCUGGAGAUACGUGCCAGAUCGGUCUCAAUUUUGCCAGUGAGGAGGAAGCCAGGCGAUUCAAGUCUGCUACCAAUGAACUUCAGAUUAGAAGAGGGAGGAAAACCGAGAAAAGACGUGACCCACCUAAUGGACCAUCAGGACCUUUAGGACCAACACUUCCAAUGGCAACAGUGGACAUAAAGAACCCCGAAAUCAACAGCCAGCGUUAUCAAAAUAACACUCAAAUGAACAACACCAACCUCCACAGCAACUUCAACUGGAAAGAUAAAGGCAAAGGCAAGAACAAGAAGAAGAAAAUAUCCAAAUCUGAAAUCGGCACCCCGAGCAAUUUCCGGCAUGUUGGGCAUGUCGGCUGGGAUCCCAACACAGGCUUUGAUUUAAAUAAUCUGGACCCAGAGCUAAAGAACCUGUUUGACAUGUGUGGCAUUUCUGAGGCCCAGCUCAAAGACAAAGAGACGUCUAAAGACAUCUACGAAUUCAUUGAGAUGAGAGGAGGAGUAGAGGCUGUCAAAAAUGAACUUCGACGACAAGCACCUCCACCUCCACCAUCCAGAGGAGGACCGCCCCCUCCCCCACCUCCCUCCAGAGGCAGAGGAGCGCCGCCUCCACCUCCGCCGUCAAGAGGGCCCAUCUCUGCUCCUCCUCCACCUCCUCCCUCCCGGCCAGGUAUGGGAGCACCACCACCUCCUCCCCCCAGCAGAGGGCCCGGGACUGCUCCCCCGCCGCCACCUCCACCCCAGCCUGCCUCCCUGUCUCCACCAGCCCCUCCUCCUCCUCCUCCUCCAUCUUCAAUGGGCGGGGCACCACCACCGCCGCCACCUCCUCCUCCGGGACCCCCUCCUCCCGCGCCUCUGCUACCAGACGGGGAUUCUGGGGAGGUGCCGGGGGGUAAAUCUGCACUCCUGAACCAAAUUCGAGAAGGAGCGCAGCUGAAGAAAGUGGACCAAAACAACAAGCCGCCCGUGUCCAGUGGUGGCCGUGGCGCACUCUUAGACCAAAUACGACAGGGCAUUCAGCUUAAAAAUGUACCGGACACUACAGAGCCGGCUACGCCCACUUCUGCCCCGUCAGCUGGGAUCGUGGGGGCGCUGAUGGAGGUCAUGCAGAAGAGGAGCAAAGCGAUCCACUCUUCAGAUGAUGAUGAUGAUGACGAUGAUGUAGAAGAUUUUGAGGAUGAAGAUGAGUGGGAUGACUGAUAACCAGGGCUGACCAGAAGAAUUAAAACACUACAUUGCUCUUGACAUUCUAAAUCUUAUCAAAUUGUAAUGUAAAUGGAUGACCGAUUUGCUGUACAUUUUUGUUGCCUUUAUGCUUUUUUUGUAUUAAUCUGUGCAAUACCUCAUUUAAUCUGUAAAGGUUUGUCAUGCAUCUCCUGUAAAGGUUUUAUUUUCCUCUCCUGGAUUUACGUGCAAUUUUACAUCAAGUUUACUUGAUUUGUAGAGUUGAAUGUUUUGGGGUCUUUUGUUUUGUUUUUGUUUUUCUUUGUGAUUCUUUGAACGAAAGUCGAUGCUAAGGAACAAAAUGAGCAAGUCUUUAAUAUUGAUACCAUGACUCAAAGCAAGAACACUAUUUUUAUGCUUUUCUCUAACCUUUUCUUAUUCAGUUUAACGCUGUUAUUUUCUCAGAAACCAUAUUCAGCCCCCUUGCUAAUUUGUAAAUUUGCUCCGAGUUUGAUUCGGUUUCAACAUUUGCACAAAUCAAAAAGAAAAAAGUGGGGAAACGGCACAAUACAGCGGAUUUGUUUACACAUUGUGUGCUAUAGCUACUACGUCAGGACUACGUCCUUAAAAUUAGAUGUGAGAAACACUACAGUUAUUAGAAAUCUUCUGUUUGCAUAUGCUAGUUUGCAUUUUACUGGCAUUACAGUAAAUUUCAUGGGCAAUUGUUUUUUAUUUUUUUCUGUUGGUCAGAUAUGGUUCAAGUUGGAAUUUAAUGCUCGUGUGCCAUUGAAAAAAAUUGUGAAGUGGACAGUUUGUACGUUCUCAGUGUUUUACUAAUAACGCACUGUGAUGCUGUACUAAUUCAAAAAGAGUGGCUCUGGUUCACCUGGCGGUCUGCAGUGGGUCAGAUCAUAUAGUUUCACUGUUUUUAGCAGUGUUAUUAGAGCAAUUCAAAUAUAUUUUUCAGUUUUCAUCCCUCGUUUAACCAGGGUCGCUUUGCAUUGAGACUUGAAACCUUUGAAAUGAGGUUGAAAAAGAAUUAUUAAAAUUGUAAACUCAAAUAAAUGUUAAUAUUUACAUAA